CUGACGAGCGGCGGGCAGGUGCCGGAGGAGGCUCGAAGUACGCGUCACGUGCCUGCUGGGCGGGACCGUGCUCCGACCGGAAGCGGAAGUGGGUUGUCGGCGGUGCCGGCGGCUCAGUGCGCGCGCCUGGGGAUGGGUUCCAAGGCCAAGAAGCGGGUGGUACUGCCCACUCGCCCAGCGCCCCCCACGGUGGAGCAGAUCCUGGAGGACGUGCGGGGUGCGCCCUCCGAGGACCCCGUGUUCACCGCCCUGGCCCUGGAAGACUCCCCAGGCCUCUCCGGGAGGGCGGAGGACGCGGAGGCCCAGCAGCAGCAGCUUUACCAGCAGAGCCGCGCCUACGUAGCCAUGAAUCAGCGUCUGCAGCAGGCGGGCGACGGGCUGAAGCAGAAGCGUGAGGACCUGUGGCGGGCUGGCGAGGGGCUGGAGCGGGAAGUCCGCCUGCUGAAGCAGGGGGCGCCCCCAGGGGCCGUGGCCGCCUCCUUGGGCUGACUGGCCCGCCAGCUCGCCUUAGCGCGCACCCCGGCAGGGCGCCCUGCGGCUCACCGGCACCUUUGGUCCCCCCCGAGACACCUGACCCGGCACACCUCACACCUGGGCCCCUGGGUCGCAUGGCCUGGGCUCGCCCCGGGGCCCGGAGACCCCGGGGCCCACAGCCUGUGUGGGGGGUGACAGACACAGCUGC